AUGGCUUUUAUGUUGGCUGUGUUGGAAAUGUUGGCUGUGUUCUCCUUUCAUGGAGGGCAGCUGGUCGGCGGGGUGACGCUGCGCUGGCCUGGGCCCGCCCCCGCCAUGGAAGACAGCGAAGCGGAGGCGGCCGAGACGGAGCCUCUGGUGCGUCACGGACAUCCGGCGGCGGGAGUUGGCGGGGGCGCGGUCGUGGGGGGCGCUGGUGACGGCGCUGGGGCGAGGAGGACCGGCGGCGGCGGCGGGGGCGGGGGCGGCGGCGGCGGGGGUCUGCGUUCCCCCGCGCGCCACUACACGGACUCGAAGCCGCGGCUGUCGCUCGUGCCCGAGACCAGCGAGCGGAGCAGCGAGGAGGAGCCCAACGAAGACAAUAACAACACCAAGUUCGACGAAUCGCCCACGCCCUUCUGCCCCUUCUUCGGCGUCAAGAACUACCUCCACCACUUCUACGAGAAGCCGGACGUCGUCAACUCGAGCUUGUACGAGGACCUGGCGCCGGGUGAGCAGGUGUUCCUGGUGAAGCAAACCGAGGGCGGCUGCUCCUCCUCGGUGUUCCGGCUCUCCCUCAUCCUCGGAGGCCUCUUGCUCCUCCUCGGGGUCGUCGCCUUCAUCAUCGCCGCCUGCGCCGCCCGCAAGACGAUCUACGUCAGUCAGAACGGAGAGGUGUCCAUCGUCGACCACAUGGCCUCCUCACACAACGCGCAGAUCGACGCCCUCCUGCUGGUGGGUCUCGUGGCCGUCACGCUGGGCUCCACGGUGGUCGCCGCGGCACUCAUCUCCCGCACCUUCUGCUCCAGGCCCGAAGAACCUCCCUACCCCUUCCGACACGGCCAGUAUGUGCUGGAGCCGCCCCUAUCUCCGACGGACAAAAAGGUACCUGUGACGGAGCGCCUGACGCAGGUGCAGCCGACCUGGGUUAUCCCGGGCUACUCCAGCGUUCGGGGCAUCAUGCCACUUCCUUGACCCUGACCUUUGGGCUGUCCUGUGCCCCGUUCUCGCCUCCCUUCCCUCCUGUUUUCCCGGUCUUCCUCCUAUUCUUCUGUUCCCUUCGCUCUCCGGGGUUCGUUCGGCGCUCGAGUGGUUUCGUGUCUCGGCGGUGACCCUCUCCUGGCGGCCACAUUCCUUCCUUCUGUGGUACUCCUCGUGAGCUGGCCUUCCUUGUAAUCGGAGAGCCUCCUUCUGCCGGAAUUCCACGCAGCGCCAUGCACUCCACCCCGACCUUAUUGAUUCGAUCGUCUCUCUUCCCAAAGCAUUCCUUCUUCAGGAAGCCUCUUCAGUCGCCUUCUUCAUCUUCCUAUGUUAACAACGUCGGAGAGUCAGGCCGUCGUCGCCAUUACAAAAAAGUUAUUUUCUAGUUUACCUCUUCGUGAAAAUUGUUUCAUUGGUUCAUUCACUAGAAGGAAUGGGAGGUUCUAAGCAUCCCAGUUGUGUUUAUAUUUAUAACCAAAUAAUUCCAUGGGAAACAAGUGGUCUUGUAGAUAAAGAAAAACCAUCGAAGUUUUAGGCUUUUCCGAAGUAUGAAGAAGAGUGUUCCUCUACAGUCUUACGUGUAUAAUUUCUCCUCAAUCAGGUUUAUUCAUCCUACCACUGAAAUCGCAACUCUUCAGAACUAAAACAGGAAAAGAAAUACCUACGCGAAUGUCUUCUUCCUUUCCCGAUGAAUAUUCCAAUUAACCUUACAGAUGAUAUGAGCAAUUGUGAAAGAAAAAACUCAAGCAACAUCAAAGCAAAAGGUUGUUUGAUGCCCAUUGUGUGAAGCUGAUGUUCGUCAGUAUAUGCCACAUGAUAGUAGUAUUUGAGUGUGUCCAUUGGGGGGGAUUUUAUUUUUGAAGUCCACUACAGUGCAUGUGUCAGAAAAUGGGAAUAGACCGAUGUUUAUUGGUACUAUUCUAUCGUUUUAUAUAUGUACAAAUUUCUAUGUUGCUGGAGAAUUAUAUUCAUAUUAUAUAUACAUAUAUAUAUAUUAUAUACUCAAAUGUCUAUAUAGUGUCGAAGCUAAAGAUGAUAUGAGCAUACAAAUGUCUAUUAGGUUUUCAGAAUAAGAGAGAGCUAUCCAACUUCAAAUAAAAACGAGAUAUAAGUAGAUAGUGUGAAUGUUAUUUUCCAUCACCUUAUCUUACAAAAACACAGCAAGCCACAAUUAGCCUUACAACUAACUAAACGCUCUGCUGUCCAAUAGGAUGCGUCUUUGUGACUCAGUACUUUGAUGCCUCAGUGAUCGUGACGUCAUGACAAAAUCAAACACGCAUUCUCUGUGCUUUCCUCUUGGUUGCCUAUGUCUGCUGCUUCGAACCAAGAUGUUUGGCUCAGGUGGUUGGAAGUGAGAGAUGACAUAGCGAAGUGUCCUGUGCUGUUGUUGUUGUUGAUGUUGUUGUUGAUGUUUACGUCCCCCUCCCCCCCUCUGCCUAGUAUUAUGGAGAAAUAGCUCUUACAAGUAUAUGGAUAUGGAUGUGUAUAUGUGUGUAUGAAUACCAACACCUGCAUUGGCACAUCAAUGUUUGCUCACACAUCUAUGCUGCACACGUACAAACACUGACACAUACACACAAACUAACUCAUACAUUCACACACACACACACACACACAUAAACACACACACACAUAUACACACACACACUCACACACACAGACACACAAACACACACACACACACAUGGACAUUUGUACACACAUAUAUGUAUGCAUACAUCCUUUGUGUCACAAGUCACUGUCUUCGUCUGUUGUGUAUAAUAAAAUGGCCUUACUCAUCAGAAGCAUUUUGGCCUUGGCAGUCAGUCAGUCUGGAACAUUACAUAUUUUAGGUCAAAUUGUAGUCAGGUUUUGUGGAUUUGCAUAUAUUCAUGGAAUGGUCGGGAAAAAUCACGAUGAAUUCAACAGAGGUUAGGACAUACGUUGAAUCUAGGAUGUCGACACUUUUUUUCAAACUUUGCCGCGAGAUGUCCGCUCGUGACCUAAUGUAAUAUUUAUGUGUUCGUUGUCAUACUUAGAAAUAUAUUUUAGUGGA